AUGCCGUACAUCAUCUAUGUGCCCGGAGUCCUGCAACCAUACAUCACCAACGAUCCGAGGAUCUACAUGGACUGUUCCAAGAUCUUCGAGUGGGAAUGCGAAUCACGACCCUUCUGCGAUGCAUUCUGCAAGGCGUUCCGGCAAGACGAGGAUGCGCAGUUCCUGUCCGACAGGCGUCGCGGCCAACUUGAAGCCUACUGGAUCGAGGAGCUCGAGCGGCGGAUCAAGCUGAACACAGGAAUUGACCCACUGAAGAAGGGCAAACGACUGUCAACUGAAGCCGCAGUCGAACAUUUGGCGGAGCAUGACAUCGAUAAGAGUGUGUUGUCCAAGAUCAAAGACCGGGAGGAAGCGUACUGUUGCGCCAAUCCGAAAAUGCCCUCACUUUGCGACCCAUCGGAGUAUCUGCCCAGUCAGCAGAUACCACCAAGGCCGUCUAUCAACUUCAUCCCCUACGACCCUGUUUCCAUUGAUAUACCUAUGGAGGCCUUCUACCGCGAAUACCGAGUAGAUUCACCGGGAAGGAUAGUGAAGUAUCGCUAUGCUACUACGCCAUCCGCCGUGGCGUGCAGAAUCACAGUCGUUUCGCUUUCUACUAUCAUAAACUGGCGGGCGGAUAUUCCCGAACUGGCACCCCCGGGUGCUCUCUUCAACGAAACAGAUGGUCUCUACUACGAAGACGAGGUCGUUCCGUCACAAGGCCAAACGCCACCCGACGACAAGCCAACGUUCGAGUCAUGUGUUCGACGACUGAAGUUACAUUUUUCCACUGCCGUACAGCAUCCACCGAUGUCUCAUGACGAAACUCAGUCCGCCCCCGGCUUCGUAGCAGGCCAUGUCCAACGCACUGCGGAGGGUCCCCUGUCCGACGAGCAACUCCAUCCGACUCCUUCAGGCAAGGAAGAAGGCUACAAAGCCGCCGAAAAAGGUCUCUCAAGAUAUGCGCCGCAGUCGGCAGGAAGAUCUCUCGACGAGGAAGUUAUUGGACACAACUGGGUUAAGCCUGGGCCAGGAAACAAGCGCGCGCAUGGAUCAACGACUACACCACCCGGUUUACGACGUGGUAGGAGUGCAGUCGGUGAAGGAUCUCGCGAACAACUGACCCACGAAGCAACGAGCGUUGCAUACAAAUGA